AUGUCCGCAGGUACUCUCAGUGCUGGCCAACGUCAACUCCUUUCCCUCGCUCGUGUCUUGCUGCGGAGAAGCCACCGAGCAAAACAAGGCUCCGAGAGCGGUAUAUUGCUACUUGACGAAGUCAGCUCGAGCGUUGAUCAAGCUACCGAGAAGGUCAUGCAAGAGAUCAUCAGAAAUAAAUUCGAGAAGUAUACUGUCGUCGCGGUCAGUCAUAGGUUGGAGAUGAUAAUGGACUUUGACAGAGUUGUUGUCAUGGACAAGGGAUGUAUUGUUGAGGUUGGUGUGCCCAGGGUAUUGGCGGAAAACACAGAGAGUAGAUUUGGCGAGUUGGUUAGAGCUGCAGAGUAG